AUGUCCUCGAUUGUCUACUUCAAGUUCAAGGCAAAUGUAAAGACAGAUUCUGUUUCCUUCGAUGGGUCUUCUAUAUCUGUGAAGGAUCUCAAAAAUGCCAUACGAGCUAGAUGCUGUUUGUACUCAACAGACUUUGAUCUUAAGUUGGAAGACGUCACUGGAAAAGUUUAUACGAAAGACGAUGAAUUGAUCCCAAAGUACUCCAAUAUCGUUGUUCGACGGGUUCCUAGAUUGACCACAGAAAGUAUGAGGAAGAAGGUUGCUGGUCCGGAAGAUCUGACUUGGAAUGAAUUACAAAAGAAUUCAGUAACGUCCGAAGCUUCACAUAGUUCCAAGCAUCUUAAUUUAGCAGAUUCAGAUCUUCCAGAAGAGGAGAAGAUCAAAAUCAUGAUGGAGAGAUCUUCAGAGGUCUAUUCGGAAUCAAAUUUCACUGUCCGAGCGAAACCAUAUGGAGUACCUCCGGUAGCUUAUGUCUGUCACAAGUGCAAUCAACCGGGACACUGGAUUCAUAAUUGCCCUGGUGUGCGGGAUAAAACGGGAAAGAUUUUGGAUGCAAAGUCAGUAAAACGCCCAACAGGUAUUCCGCAAGAUUUCCUUCUGGAGGUCGAGGCUGGAACCCCUGGUGCUUACUUGGGGAAAUCUGGAAAAUACAUGGUACCUAUCAAAGAUGCGGAGGCAUAUGCUCAGGGUAAAAAGGACAAACGACCUUUCUCCGUAGAAGAAAAUCCACCCUAUGUACCUCAAGAAAAGAUUCCUCCGAAGCAGCUUACUUGUCCACUGUGCAACAAGUUAUUUAGUGAUGCCGUUCUAGUAUCAUGUUGUGGGACAACUUUUUGUAACGAAUGCAUCAUGGGUCAUGUAUUUGAUUCUCAAGUUCUGGGUUCCCAUAAAUGCCCUAAUUGUGGAGAAGUACUUGCAGACCAGGAAUCAAGUGUCUUCGAAAAUGCUCUUAUACGAAGUUUAGUCCGUGAUUGGCUGGCGGACGAGACGAAAGUGGUAGCAGCAGAUGUACGUCUUCCCGUCGAUAUACCGAAAAUUAAUGAAAAUGAGAAGGCUUUUGUAAACUGCCGUCGGGUGCUGAAACCGAAGCAAGCAACAGCCAACCUCAAUUCGGCCAAAUCAACAAAGACAGAAUUAAAUCAACUCCAGAAUCCAGUGAAGACUCAACCAAAUUCUUCGGGAUGCAAUUCAGUUGUUAAAAACGAACCUACCCCUUUGUCUUUAAUCCCAUCCUCAGAAAUACCCAAAACCACAAACUCUGUGACAUUGUCUACUUCUGUUGUUUCAUCUUUUCCUUCUGUCCGUGUUUCUGAAUUAACUGAUUCUUCUGUUAAAACCAACAAUACAAAUGCUACUGUGGUCACAAGUUCUCCUUGUACCACUUUGGUGGGAACCAACAGACAAAAUCUGUUGCCCACUACUUGUCUUUCAAACACACAAAUUCCUUGUUUAAGUUAUACUAGUCCUGCCACUAUCAUGCCCAAUUUACUCCCAGAUGUUAAUGGUGUUGACAAUCCUCUUUUUAAUGCGCUUUAUAGUAUACGGUUAGAUGACUUACAGGCUCCAUUGGCUACUCAAUCCACCGUGUUACCAGCCUCUUACGGAUCGCUUGUUGGCGGUCCUGGCUGGACAGCUGAGAAAGCUUUAGCUGUGUCAGCCGCUCAGGGUGCAGGGUUAGUUGGUCCAGUACUACAAGUCAAUAAUAAUCAGGUAGCCUUUGGGUUAGUACCUGGGCAGUCUGUCACUGGUACGAUGCAUUCAGCUAUAUCCGUUCCGGUUGAAACUCUAAAUGGACACAAAAUGCUUUCAAAAGAAGAGUUCUAUCGGUUGAAAAUGGAAGUCCUCCAUUCAGCUCGUAGAAGGCAUCGUCACCGAUCUCGUUCCCGUAGCCCUGGCUAUGCAUAUCGGACUGAUCGGCGGCGUGGAGAUACCGCACGUCACCAUCGUGGUGACCGGGAGAGGCGAUAUCGACAUCGCUCACCCUUAGACUAUGAAGCUGAACGAAGUCGGUGUCGACAUCGUCACGCUGAUGAUUAUGAUUCACACCGUGAUAGGAGCGAUACACAUCGUUAUCAUUAUCGUCCUACAUACAUCCAAGACAGUGGUCGGAGGCGUUAUCGUUCAAGGGACUACCCGCAUAGUCCUGAACGUCGGUCCAGACAGUCUUCUAGACACUCCCCUACAGGUGGAGAUAGUUGGCAUGAAUACAAGGAUCGAAGUAGUAGUGUCUCUCCGGUCACUCACGAAGCCUUGGAUGCGCGCAGAUGUCGGGAGCCACAUAUCAUCAGUGACGACUAUGAUGAAAUCUUACCAAGACGUAAAACAAGCCGAUCACCUACGUCCAUUGUUCCUCAAUACGAUGUUUCUGACAAUGAGUCAAUCGGACCUAGGAAUCCUUCCUUGCCAAGAGACAUAGUUCCAAAACAAUUAGUUAAAUCUGGACCAACUGACGAUUCGGAGGAUUCCAGUCCAGCUCCAAACAUCAAGUCCCAUGAGGAUACAUCCUCCGGUGAAAUGGCAAAACAAUCUCCUACUCUGAGUCAUAAUAACAAUCUUAUUUCUGGAGAUGAGUGUUUAGUAGAAAGCUCCUCUAUAAGCAAUGUAGUUAGCCAUGAAUUACUCGCUCCUGAGGUUGAGGUGAUGAUAUCUAAGAAAGAGAAGAAAAACAAGAAGCAUAAACACAGGCAUUCUGGGAAAAGGGAUCUUGUUCAAAUCACUAAUGAUGCAACGAACCAGGUUUCGGUCACUGCUAGUGGUGUCUUGUGUCCAGAUUUUGAAAUACCUGAUAAGAAGCAUUUGAAGAAACACAGAAAGCAUAAAAAACAUAGGUACGCAGAAAAAGAAAAAAAGAAGAAAGAAGUCACAAAUGUUGACACGUCAGUACAGUGUAUGAGUCCUGAGACCGGCAAAUGA